AUGAGUAUUCCCUCAUAUGCCCGGGGUGAAGCUUAUUUGUUUAACAAAAGAAGCUCCGCUUUUGGUCUUGGUCAUACUGCAUGGGGUUACAUGAAAAGUGUCGGCCGUUAUACUUACGGAUCGCUCGAUAAUACGGGCUCUAACAUGACAUCGAGACCGAAUGGCUUUUGGGAUCGUUCUGAUUCUCACAAAGAAAUGAUUGCUACUUUUAAAAAUCUCGGUUACGAUACUUAUAUCAACGUGUCAGUUGACGCUCCUAGCGUUGAAAAUGCGAUUAAAGCGGUAGAAGCGUUGAUAGAUAAAGACUACAAUACAUUCACAAAUAAUUGCAUGGACGUUUCUCACGAUAUUGUGUCUGCUUAUAAUGCGACGUUACCCGCACUAUUUCUUGAUGAGUUGUAUCCUAAUGAGUGGUACGAUUAUGCGGCAUCCGAGUGGCAGUGUAAACCCGUCCCUCUCCAGACUUUGACAUAA